AUGCGUCUUCCUCGCUUCACAACAAGCCUCCGGCCUACACCCACACUAAAUUCUCAAAUUCAAAUACGGCAAUACACCCCUACACUUACACAGCGCUAUCCAACAGCAAUCGCGCGUGCCGAACGAGCCGCAGACCUGAAGAAACAUCCUGAAGCAGCACUGACGCAGCAGAAACUGGCUGAUGCAAAGGGCAAUCGGCACUGGACGGAGGAGAAUGCUACAUUGAGUGAAGCUGAUAUCAGAGCAGACCACGAGUCAACACCUGCUGAGAAGGUUGCAAAAGAGGAUGCUGGAAAGGGUAAGUAA